AUGGCUGAGAAGAUUUCGGUCCUUUUCGUUUGCCUGGGCAACAUCUGUAGAUCGACCAUGGCUGAAGGCGUCUUCCAAGCCAUGGCAAAGAAGGAGCCGUACAAGGAUCUGGUUGCCGAUAUUGAUUCUUGCGGAACAGGUGGGUACCACAUUGGUGAAGGACCAGAUGACCGCACCAUGUCCACCCUCGAAUCUCAUGGUAUCACUGACUAUGUGCAUGCGGCACGCAAGGUGAAUGCGUCUGAUUUCGACAAGUUUGAUUACAUCUUCGCCAUGGACCGUGCCAACCUCUCCGACCUCCAACGUAUCCAGCAACGCAAAUCGAACAACAAGGCCAAAGUGAUGCUUUUCGGAGAGUACUCAGGAACCGGCAAGGCCGAGGUGAUCAGUGACCCCUACUAUGGUGGGCAGCAGGGUUUCGAGAAGGCGUAUGAACAGGCGACCCGUUUCUCGACCAAUUUCCUCAAGGAAGUCUUCCCUGACGUUAACUAA